CACCAACCCAGCCCACCUCGCCGCCGCUCCCAGAUCCGCACCGCCUCGCCGCCGACGCCACCGUCUCCCUCGAUCUCGGUCUCCAGGAGCGACAUGAUGGCAUUGCCGCUGCCCUCCUUGAUCUGCCUCCUGCUCCUCGUGGCGGCGGCGGCCGCGCAGAGCCCCAUCUCGCAGCCGCCGUCGUCCGGCGCGCCCGCCGCGUCCCCGCUCCUCCGCCCCGAGGCCGACUCCGACGACGACGACAGCAACGGAUCCGCUGCGUCCCCCUCCCUGGCCCCCGCCCCCGCGCUCUCCUCCGGCGAGGAUAAGAAGAAGGCGACGGCGGCGUCCCCUCCGGCGCCCACCGAGACGUCCCCCGCCGAGGCCCCCACCUCGGCGCACUCCCCGGCGCCGUCGUCGCCCCUGCGCUCCGCCGCCGCGCCCGCCCCCGCCCCAGGCGCCGCCGACAAGGAAGGCGACGACGACGACGAGGAGGAUUACGACAAGAAGAAGGUGAAGUCCCCUGCGCCCGCCCCGGCGGCGAUGGAGGUGAAGGCCGGCACGGGCGGCGCGGAGGAGCAGCGGGCGGUGGACGAGGAGAGGCGGCACGGGGAGGGCGAGAUGAACGGCGGGAAGAAGGCUGGCGUGGUGGUGGGCGUCUUCUCCGCCACCGCCGUGCUUUGCCUGGCCGCCGUGGUGUACCGGAAGCGGCAGGCCAACAUCCGGCGGUCCAGGUACGCCGACUACUCGGCGCGCCUCGAGCUCGUCUGAUCGGUUUUGAGAUCCGUGCAACGGCGUGCAGAGACCGGUCGAUCGAUCGGAGAUGCAAUGCCCGACACACAUAUCCUCGUUUUGAUCCGUGUUACUACCCUGAUCACUUAGAUCCAUUCUUGGGUUGGGGCUCCGAUAUGAUUACAUAAAUAUUCUUUGAUUAGUGUUGAUUGAUGUGGAGGUGGAGGCGAUCGAUGGAUCGAGGAAGACAAGAUUUUAUACUACACCAGUUUUUCUACUAUCUUUUUCUUUUUGUAUACGACUACUCCUACUAUAGUACAGAUAGACAUAUUGCAUUUCGAACUGAA